AUGGCAAAUCGGAUACAAGUAAGUGAUGGUGUCUAUAAGGAGAUUCUUAGACCAGGCAAUGGUGCAAAAGUCCAGAGCAAUAACACUAUUACAGUCCACUGCAUAGGAUCGCUAUCCACUCCAUUAAAGAAAUUCUGGAGCACCAAAGAUCCUGGACAAAAACCUUUCACUUUCCAAGUUGGUGUCGGAAAAGUUAUCAAAGGUUGGGACGAAGGCUGUUUGACAAUGGCUGUUGGGGAAGUUGCUCGCAUUACUAUAGCUGGAUAUAAGGGAUAUGGAGCCCAAGGAUUUCCCGCUUGGGGAAUACCUCCAAAUGCCGAGCUUCAAUUCGAGAUUGAAAUCUUGUCUGCAAAUUAA